AUUCAAUCCAAUUGGCUAACCAAACAUAAUUUCGCCAUACGCAUUGAAGUUUAUUUUCUAAAAUCAAUUUGUUCAAUUCAAACCUUUUCUAUUUAGUGUAUGCAACUAAAAUAUUAUUUUAUUCAUUUUUCCAUUGUCUUCUCCACACGACAAAACACCUAAAUAUUUCUUCCAUUUCUCUCAAUUCGGCAAUCAAUGGAGUUCUUUAACAAAGCCAAAAUAGUACGAUUCAGGAGCUACCAUGAUAAGUUCCUGAUAGCAGAUGAAGACGAAGAAACAGUCCGGCAAAGCCACGACGGAAGUUCUCAUAGAGCACGUUGGACCGUCGAGUUCAUCCCCGGCAACUCCCACCUCAUCCGACUUAAAAGCUUUAACGGCAAGUACUUGACAGCGUCGGACGAGUUUUUUCUACUCGGCAUGGCCGGAAAAAGAGUCGCUCAGGCCAACUUGCCAGUAUCAGAAAAAGAUUCAAUCAAUUGGGAGCCGAGAACUACAGGGUUUCACGUCAAGUUAAGGACGAGAGGCGGCAAGUUUCUACGUGCGAAUGGACGGACGCCGCCCGGGAGAUACUCCGUUACGCAUGAUAUUCCGCAUAGAACUGCUACGCAGGAUUGGAUUCUUUGGAAAGUUGAAAUGGUGGACAUACUCGAAUUUGGUUCGGUUCAGAAGGGUUAUCAGUCUCCUUUUUCGAGCUUUUCGGAUUCGUUUUCGUCGGAUUUCGCUGGCUCGGAAUGUUCGGAAGUCGGUUUUCCGAUUGUGAAUCAUGUAUCUAGUGAUAGAUAUGAGUUUGAAGCAAAGAAAGCAAUGGAAAUAUUUCAGAAAGCUCAGGUUGUUCGUCUCCGAAGCCACCACGACAAGUAUUUGAUAGCCGAUGAGGAUGAAGAAACCGUAACGCAGGAUCGAAAUGGAUUAGUCCAGAACGCGAAAUGGAUCGUAGAAAUUGUGGAAAGUUCGCAAUGUUUACGCUUCAAAAGCUGUUACGGAAAAUACCUGACAGCUUCAAAUAUGCCGUUUUUGUUAGGAAUUACGGCAGGGAAAAAAGUGAUACAGACAUUGCCCAGAAGAUUAGAUUCGUCUCUGGAAUGGGAGCCCAUUCGAGAAGGCGUGCAGAUCAAGCUAAAAACGCGUUACGGGCAGUAUUUACGGGCAAAUACGAGUUUACCGCCUUGGCGAAGCAAUGUAACGCAUGAUAUUCCACAUAGAACGUCGACGCAAGAUUGGAUUCUUUGGGAUGUUGAUCUUGUAGAGAGGAGAGUUCAUGAUCCUGCCCCUGCUCCACAAAAACCUAUAACGAAUCGAGUUGAGAUUGUUCGUACUCCGGAACCGCCACGAAUUGGCAAUAAUAACAAUAAUAAUACUAAUAGUAAUCAGCAAGUUGAGGAUGCUGCAUCUUCGGAGCCUGGCUCACCUUCUUCAGCUUCUAAAUUUGCAAGAACUGAGUCUGAUGAUUCAACGACGAGUGUACCGGUAAAGAGCGAUGGGAGGGUGAUUCAUUAUAGCGUAGCAAACGAAAAAGGCGAAGUGGAUGAAAAUAAAAAGAAAUCAUUUACAUUCAAAGGAAGUGUGGUGGAAGAACUGAAGAACAAAUUGGAGGAAGAAACUGGAGUUGUCGAUUUUCUCGUUUGUUCGAAAAAUCAAUUCAAUGGAAAGCUUUAUCCCCUUCUAUUACAUCUUCCUCCUAACAAUUCAGAUAUGUCUGUUGUGGUGGUUCCUUCAUCAGCCAAAGCUCAAUUUAUGAACACUUAAAUAUGCUAUAGAAAAAUCAUAUGUUUGCCCGAAUAUAUUCUUGUCUAGAUCGGGUUCAUGAUAGGAUACUCUCACAUGAGCGAACUGUACAAUUCAAUUAAGGAAAUUCUCAUGUUUGCCACAA